UUCCUCUCCGAGUACGUUGCUGGAAGCACUGCCAUCAUGCCACCCCAACCUUCGGGCAAAGCGGUCAAGAAGGCCGGCAAGGCGCAGAAGAACGUCAGUGCCACGGACAAGAAGAAGAAGAAGCGCAGGAGGAAGGAGAGCUUCAGCAUCUACAUCUACAAAGUCCUGAAGCAGGUACAUCCCGACACGGGCGUUUCCAGCAAGGCCAUGUCCAUCAUGAACAGCUUCGUGAACGACAUCUUCGAGCGCAUCGCUGCCGACUCCUCGCGCCUGGCGCACUACAACAAGCGGUCGACCAUCACCAGUAGGGAGAUACAGACCGCCGUGCGCCUGCUGCUGCCCGGCGAGCUGGCCAAGCACGCCGUGUCCGAAGGUACCAAGGCCGUUACCAAGUACACGAGCUCCAAGUAA